UCAGGGCGGAUCGUGGAGCGGGUGCUGUUGGAGCGGGCACCGCUGCGGGUGCUGGAGCUGGGCACGUACUGUGGCUAUGGCACCGUGCUGCUGGCACAGGGGCUGCCCCCAGGUGCCCGCCUCUACACCAUCGAGGGGGACCCCCGGCACGCCGCUGUGGCCGAGAAGGUCAUCCGCCUGGCUGGCUUCAGUGAGCAGACGGUGGAGCUGAUCGUGGGCCCCUCGGAGGAGGUGAUACCCCGCCUGCGGGAGAAGCACGGCCUGACGAAUGCCAACUUGGUCUUCAUGGAUCACUGCAAACGCUGCUACCUGCGGGACCUUCGGCUGCUGGAGAGCCACCAGCUGCUGGCUGAGGGGGCCACCAUCCUGGCUGAUAAUGUCCUCUUCCCUGGGGCACCCCACUUCCUGCAGUACGCCAAGACCUGCGGCAAGUACCACAGCAAGGUGCACCGCGCCAGCCUGGAGUACUUCCGCGCCAUUCCUGAUGGGAUCGCCGAGCUGCGCUACACCGGCACCCACUGAGCGAGCAAGGAGCUCCUGCCUUGUGGUGGCCACGGUUACUGGCAGGGUGCCAGGUCCCCAACCCCCAUCUCAGCCUCAACAUGGGCUCUGGAGGAAACGCAGUGGCUGCUGUGGUCUGUGGUGGGGCGCAGUGGGUAAGGAGGGGGCUCAUUCCCUGUAGUGCUCCUGCCUGCACUGCACAGGGAGGUCUGCCAGGCACACCAGUGGAUGGUGGGGGGCAGCUCUGCACUUGCCUGAGUGGCAUCCCCCUGCCUGCCCUGGUGGCUUCAGACACCAGAUUUGGGGUUGUUUUCUUGAAAACUGAGUUUAUUAGAAAAGAUGUGUCAGCUCCAAUGUGCCAGGUGGCAGUCUCCCCUCAGAACCCCCCUGCCCCACACAGCACCCACGGCAGGAGGAGCUUCACUGAACUGUCCCCCAGAGCUGUGAGGGGCAAAAGUUAUCCCCCAGCCUUCAGUUUGGUGUGGUUGUAGCAGAAUCAGAUCAUCCACUGGUCCUGAUCCUGCUCUGUCCCCUCCAUGUCCACCUGGGAAAGAAAGAGGUUUGAGAUCUCGCACCAGAGCGAGAACCCAACAGAGGGAGUGAAGGAGAGAAGACAGCUCCUGGAGCUCAUGCUCAGGGUCUCACACUACUUACCUCAUUGAUCUCCCCAUCAUCAGGAGACUCAUUAUAAUCAUUCAUCUCAUCCAUAUCCUGCAUGUCCUCAUCAUCUUCUGAGUCCUCUUCGCUGUCUUCAUCAUCUUCAUCAUCCUCCUCCUCCUCCUCAUCAUAGUGCUGUGGACAUAACAGCUCCAGCAACCCCCUCUGCCCCUCAAGCCCUGUGGCAACCCCUCACUUCCCUGCCCACACACCCACCUCAGACGCUGGCUUUCCUAUGGGCACCAAGUUGUUGUCCUUUUCAGCAAUGCUCUGGAGCUGGGGAAGGCAGAAAGGUGGGUGAGCACCCCAACAGCUCCAUGGUACCCCAGCAAACAGGGCCCUCGGGCUCAGCUGCUGCCUUGUGUCACUUCCUGACCAUGUCUAAUUGCAGCCCGAGUCCUGCUGCCUCCCUGGCAGCCCCCAGCCAAGCAGGGAAGAGCAGCUACAGACACCUUCCUGAGCACCCUGGCUGCAGGCAGGGUCCCAGUGCCACUCUGGGGCUGAGAGGGUUCCAGGUGUCCCCUUGUGUGGCAUGAGGGGCCACACUUUAUCAAAAAAGAACCAAAUCUGAGACAUCUGACCAGCCAGAUGAGCACAACCACAGCAGAUAAUUAAAGCUCAAUUAAAAUAUGUCAGCACCUCCCACCCAGAGGGACUUGGAACCUCUUCUAAGUGCUGGGGUUUUAAUUGAUUUAAACUUUAUUAUUUAAUUAUAAAAACUUAAUUACU